ACUAUGCGAUGACGAUCAAAGCACCAGCGACGGAAAGUAGGCGAAGAAGAAGCACAACAGCGGCAGUCAACAUGGCGUUCAAUUUUGGCGGUGGUGCAGCAGCCAACACGGCAGCAAACACCUCCGGAUUUUCGUUUGGUUCGUUUGGCGCAAAGACCACAGCAUCGACAGCUUUUGGUUUCGGCACCCCUGCGACCACCACCACUGCUUCGUCUGGAUUCGGCACUAUCACAGCUCCUAGUUUUGGGACUGCCACCACCACUGCGGCCGCACCAGCUGCAGGAUUUACCUUUGGCUCCACCAACACUGGAUUUGGGGGGCUGGGAGCUGGAAGCACCACAGCUGGUGGGUUUAGUUUUGGGGGGUUCGGUUUAAAUGCCAACCCGGCAGCGGUUGGCUUUAACGCAAGCUGCUUUGGUGCAGCGUCCACCACUGGCACUGUUUUCAAUUUUGGGAAUAGCCUGGCUAGCACAGGCGCUUUUGGUGGCUUUGGGGCAACAACGACUGCUGCUGCACCAGGAUCCACAUUUAGCUUCGCUCCCUCUACCAACGCAACAGGUUUGUUUGGUAACACACAGAACAAAGGCUUUGGUUUCACUUCUGGCCUUGGUACUGGAACGGCUUCCGGGACAACCGGAUUCGGAACUGGAUUAGGAACAACUACUCUGGGUGGCUUUGGUGGCUUCAAUAUCCAGCCCACUCAGCAGCAGCAAGGAGGUUUGUUCGGCCAGCUGGCCCAGCAGCAAGCUCAGCCAAAUAACUUGUACCAGCAGGUGACAGCACUGUCAGCCCCCACCUUGUUAGGAGACGAGCGUGACUCUAUACAUGCCAAAUGGAACCAGCUGCAAGCCUAUUGGGGCACGGGGAAGGGCUACUUCAGCAACAACAACCCACCUGUAGACUUCAACCAGGAGAACCCCUUCUGCAGGUUCAAGGCUGUAGGAUACAGUUGUGUGCCAGUCAGUAAGGACGAGGAUGGUUUAGUGGCCUUGGUCCUCAACAAAAAGGAAGCAGAUGUGCGGGCGCAGCAGCAGCAGCUGGUGGAGUCUCUGCACAAAGUUCUGGGGAGCAACCAGACGCUGAGUGUCAACGUAGACGGCGUCAGGUCCCUGCCUAAUGACCAGACAGAGGUGAUCAUUUAUGUGGUGGAGCGCUCCCCCAAUGGCACUUCCAAGCGCAUUCCCGCCUCGACACUCUUCACAUACCUGGAGCAGGUCAACAUCAAGGUGCAGCUCACACAGCUGGGUGUGAUCAUGUCAGUCACACGCACCGAACUCUCGCCUGCUCAGCUCAAGCAGCUGCUCCAGAGCGCCCCUGCAGGGGUAGACCCCAUCAUUUGGGAGCAGGCCAAGGUGGACAAUCCAGAACCAGAGAAGUUGAUCCCAGUGCCUAUGGUUGGCUUUAAAGAGCUGCAUCGUCGACUGCAGAUUCAGGACCAGAUGACCAAGCAGCACCAGACGAGAGUGGACAUCGUCGCCAAUGACAUCAUUGAGCUUCAGAAGAACCAGGCGACCACGGUGGCCAAGAUCGCCCAAUAUAAGAGGAAGCUGAUGGAUCUAUCUCACAGGGUGCUGCAGGUGUUGAUCAAACAGGAGAUUCAGAGGAAAAGCGGUUAUGCCAUCCAAGUAGACGAAGAGCACUUGAGGGUGCAGCUGGACACCAUUCAGUCAGAACUCAAUGCCCCCACACAGUUUAAGGGUCGCUUGAAUGAGCUGAUGUCCCAAAUACGAAUGCAGAACCACUUUGGCGCUGUGCGAUCGGAAGAGCGGUAUAGCGUUGAUGCUGACCUUCUCCGAGAAAUCAAACAACACUUGAAACAGCAGCAGGACGGCUUGAGUCACUUGAUCAGCGUCAUUAAAGAUGACUUGGAAGACAUCAAACUCAUCGAGCACGGACUGAGCGACAGUGGACACAUGCGAGGCGGUAUCCUGAGUUGAGCCGAGCAACACACACUCACACACAAGCGCGCACACAAACCAACUCUCAAUAUCCAUCUUCUGAUGUGUGUGUGAGACACACAACUAUAUAUAUUUGUCAUUGUGCUGCUUCAAUUAGGGGACUGUGAAUAUAUAUUUUUGCAGAGAUCCAAUUAUUGACUAAUAUGUGCUUUCUGGACUGAUAUAGAAAGAUCGCAGGGCCUAUUAAUAGCCUUCAUGUCAAAUCAGAUUAUGGAUAUGAGACUUUGAAGUGAAAAGAUGUAUUGACGGGAACACAUUUGUACAUUUGUAUUGCUUUUAUGUAUGCCAUUGGAAUGUUAUUAAAUUUAAUUUCAGUUUGAAACCUUCUAUCUCCCUGCUAUAAUGCUUAUGGUCACCUCACGUCCACCAUGAUUACUUCCUCAGGUGAGCUUUUUCUAACAUCUCAUCAAAGUAGGGCUUGACUUGAUAGGAUUCACACCACCGUGCCGAUGGACGACCGCUAGCAGCAGAGUGGAUUAUCUUGGAGAUUUAUUUGUAAAUGUCUGAAGACUUUGUGUUGAAUGCUCCGGAGUCCAUUACAUAUUUUGCUAAUGUGUAGGUCAUGGGUCAGACAUAAUUGGCCCUAACCCUCCACAGGCUCUUCAGUAUUUUGUAGGUAUUUGAAAUAUACUUUUACAAUACACAUUAGUCAUAGCAUUAUACACCUGCAUGUUUUAUUUACCUGUAUUCAUCCAUCCAUCCAUUCCCUACCGCUUUCUCCCACUGUAUUAAUCCUACAUUUUUAAAAGUAUAAUUAUCAAUUGGACAUUCAAAAAAAUAAUUGUAUUCAUAAAUAUUGUUUCCAAAUUGAAUUUAACAUUAUUGUUGUAUUUGUCGUGGUAUGAACCUUGGGGGUAUUCAACUGAGUGUAAACCUGAAGUCCGAGCUGAUUUACCUUUAGAUGGGUAAGACUGAAUGUUGGAUUUGAGAACAGCUGAGCUAAAUCAGUUCAAUCGGUCCCGAAGAUGUUGACUCUUGAGUUAAAACCACAGGAAAAUGCCAUGAUCAAUGGAGUGCGGAUUCGUCGAUUCACCAUAGCAGCCGGGGAGAGAAAUUGCUGUCUUUAUUUACUCUGAGAAAUUAAAGUAAAAUACUGAUGUACUUAGCUGGCAGAUAGUUACUGACAGCCAAUGCAUAUGUUUGAAUGUAAAAGUUAAGGAUUCCAUGGUUAAUCACAUUUUUAUAUUAGGACACAGGUAAAAAAAGUCAAGAACUCAUCUGAAAUAAAAUCUCAUUUUAAUUUAGGUGCAAUCCCACCAGUGAAAAACGCACCUGGAGGCAUCUAAAAAUAAUAUAUCUGUUUUAUUCAUAUUUGACAGGGAAAGCCGAUGCAAAUACAAAAUAAAUAUAUAUAUAUAUAUAUAUAUAUAUAUAUUAUAU